AUGCCUUAUUCGCUCUACCAUGUCUUGAUUUUGAUUUUACUGUACAUUUAUAUUGUAACUGCGCGAAACUUUGAAUGCGGUCUUCACGCAAGUGCUCUAGAGCAAGCCGACACAAGGUCAUGGCAGGAGCCGUCGAAUUUUCUGAUGGCCGAAAACCGGUUGAUAGGCGGAAAUGAGGCGCGUCCGCACUCGUGGCCGUGGACUGUUCAACUUUUGUUUCGCGGACAACACCGGUGCGGCGGCUCGCUCAUUGAUGCGAAUUUCGUUAUAACAGCAGCGCAUUGUUUCGCAAGAAACCAUCAGUUCUCAUUUUACUCAGUACGAGUUGGAGGUCAUCAGUCUGGGAGUGGAACACCACAUCGUGUUACUGCUAUUUCCGUUCACCCAUUCUAUAAUAUUGGAUGGCCGAGCUCUUACGAUGUCGCUCUUAUGAGAAUCUACCCCCCUGUCAAUCUAACAGCAAAUUCCAGAACAAUUUGCCUCCCUCGAUUUGGACCAGUCGAAAAUCGCAUGUGUAUUGUAACAGGAUGGGGAGCAACACAUGAAGGUAGUAUGGCUUGGACACCGAAGCUACGAGAAAUCCACGUUCCAAUCAUUCCGACGCUGCUAUGUAAUAGUUUAUCAAGCUACAUUGGUCGAAUUCAUAUGCCGUCAAUGAUAUGCGCGGGCUAUAGUCAAGGCAAAAUAGAUUCUUGUCAGGGAGAUUCUGGAGGGCCUCUGAUGUGUGCAAGAGAUGGGCGAUGGGAAUUAACGGGAAUCGUAAGUUGGGGAAUCGGAUGCGGACGACCCGGAAACCCAGGGGUAUACUCAAAUGUCCACGCUUCUCUUUCAUGGAUUGAACUCGAAAUGGCAAAACUUCGAAUUUAA